AGUUGAAAACAUCAUUCACGAAAUAGUUGUGAUUUAAUUCGUGUGUUAUGGACCACUAUGAAAAAGCGACAAGGCAAAAGAAUCCACGGGAAACUGCUAAUUUAUUCUCCAAAUUAACUUUCUUAUAUACGGCACGUCUCUUCGGUAAAGAUUUGGAGGAGAGAAACAUAUACGAAGUUUUGAAAUGCUUUCAAUCAAAAAAAUGUGGCGACAAACUGGAAAAGGCUUGGGCCACUGAAAAUACAUUGGAAAAUACUUCUCCAUCUAUAUAUAGACUACUAUGGCGAAGAUUCGGCUGGAGAUAUCUCCUAAUCGGUUUUGUCGACUUGGCUUACAAAAUUUUCCACACAAUUAUGGAACCAUUAGCUAUUAGCAAGCUGACUUCCUACUUCACGCCGUCUCAAACCGAAAUUAGUCGACAUGAUGCUUAUUUGUACGCUGUUCUAGUGCUUUUCCUGAAUGUGUUUUAUGCAAUUUACACACACAACUGUCUGUUAUGGGCCAAGCAGUUGGGAAUAGAAAUCAAAACUGCAUUCUCUUCUUUGCUUUACAGGAAAGCUCUGAAACUUACUCCGUCUGCCCUCGCCAACAUAUCUUUAGGUAAUUUAGCGACACUAAUAACGAAAGACGUUUACACAUUUGAAGUGGCUAUUUGGAUGUUUAACGACAUAUGGAGUGGUCUUAUGCAAACAUGCGUCAUCUGUUAUUUGUUGUAUAUCAAAAUUGGACCAGUUUCAUUCCUUGGGAUUGGUGUUAUAUUGAGUGCUAUGCCACUACUUGUGUUUCUGGGAAGAUGGAUCAGUAGGUUGAGGCUUGUUACAGGAAAAAUGACAGAUGAACGAUUACAAAAAAGUCAAGAAGCCUUUUCCUUCAUACGAAUCAUCAAAAUGUAUACAUGGGAAAAGUUUUUCAUUGAGAACAUUAACCAGAUUAGAAAGAAAGAAAUGAAGAAACUCCUCAUGAGUUCUUAUUUGGCCGUCUGCCUAAUCAUCGUGGGAAUUUUAUUCUCCAGACUCGGUUUAUAUUCCCUUGUGAUCUCUUAUAUAUGGAUGGGCUAUUCGGUAAACACUGAGUUGAUGUUCUAUAUCAUUGCACUCUUCAAAGAACUGGAGUACAACUUGGGAGGCCUCAUACCUUACAGUAUGGGAAGAGCCGCAGAAGUGUAUUCGGCACUCACUAGGAUAAACACUGUGUUGACAGCCGAAGAACUACCUUCAAAAAGCAGUUCAAAAGCUGCCACAAGCGGUCCAAUAGUGGAAGUUCGAGGAGCAAACGUUAAUAUAGGAAACAGUUUGAUUUUAGAAGAUAUAACCUUCAGAACGACAGCUGGGUUGACUUUGGUUACGGGAAGUGUCGGGUCUGGUAAGAGCUCGCUAUUGAAGACUUUGUUGCAGGAUUAUCCCCUUUCCAGCGGAUAUUUGAUGACUUCAGGAAGGAUUUCUUAUGCGUCCCAGGAUCCAUGGCUGUUUCCGUCGACGAUAAGGCAAAAUAUUCUAUUUGGAGAAAAUCUGAACGAGAAAAGGUAUCAAGAGGUGAUUCGAGUCUGCGCUUUGCAGUAUGAUUUGAAUUUGUUCGAUAAUGGAGACGAGACAAUUGUCAGUGACCGAGGUCUCAAUCUUAGCAAGGGACAACAAGCCCGAAUCAACCUCGCUAGAGCUAUCUAUAAAGACAGCGAAAUCUACUUGUUGGACGAUUCACUGACCGCAUUGGAUUCCCAAGUUCAAGAUCACAUCUUCAACGAGUGCAUCAAAACCUUUUUGAAAAACAAAAUCUGCAUCAUGGUAACUCAAAAUGUUAAACAUAUGCAAGAAGCAGACGUGGUAGUGACAAUGGAACACGGUCGAAUACAGUCUUGUGGAAAACCAGACGUAAAAAUUCUGGAAAAAAUUAACGAGAUGAUCUCAAACGAUACUGACUCCGAUCAGGAGACUGAAACCAAGGAUACAACUGACGGAGAAGAACGAAACGAGAUCGAGGAAACACCAUUGCUGGAGACCGAGCAAAAUGCAGCCAAGAACAUUUACAAUGAAAUGAAGAAGAAAGGACGAGUUGAUUUUGAAAAUUAUAAAAAAUAUGUUAUGUUUGGAGGUGGAGCUUUCCUAGUUGUGUUGAAUUUGUUGCUAUUCGCUGUCGGGCAGUUCUCAGAUAGUUAUUCUAGUCGAUUGUUGGCCCACUGGGUUGAUGAACAGCAGCACGUUAUAGAUCUUCAAAAUGCCACCCUCGAAAUGAAUGACACAGGAAACAACACGACAAUUCCGUUGAAAAAUGAUACCAGUUCUCUGAGUGAAGCUCUCAGAGAAAGCCAGUUCACGAUUACUUUCUAUUCAGUUACACUCCUCAUCUCAGCUGUAUUUCAAUCUUUCAAAGCAUUCGCGAUUUUUAACUUUUGCAGAAAGGCAUCUGUCAAUGUUCAUAAAACCAUGAUCAAUAGCGUGAUGAAUGCUGUUAUGGCAUAUUUUGAUACACACCUUCUGGGGAAUAUUCUCAACAGAUUUUCACAGGAUAUGAACAACAUUGACGAACAGCUCUCAUACAAUUUGAGUGAAAUUUUGAGGUCUACCUUCUCAGCUCUAGGUAUAGUAGUUCUGAUAGUUAUCGUCAACAAAAGAUUCCUCAUUUAUGCUGGAAUAAUUUUUAUAUUUCUGAUGAUUCUGCGAAGAUUAUACCUACCAACAGGACGUAGUUUGAAAAGGUUGUCUUCAUCAACUCGGAGUCCCAUUAUGGGCCAUCUGAACGCUUCUCUUGAAGGGCUGACCACGAUCAGAGCUUACGGAGUUCAGGAUAUUCUGAAGGAUGAAUUCGACAGGCACACAGAUUUGUUUACAUCCACUCAUUAUAUGACCCAAUGUGCAACAAGAGCUUUUGGCUUUUCGAUGAACAUAGUCUGUACGCUACUAAUCUGCAUGGUUAUUGUAACAUUCAUCUUCUUUGAUACAGAUACUUCAGCUGGAGAUGUCGGUCUGGCAUUAACGCAAGUACUAUAUUUAUCAGAUGAAGUCCAGUGGGGAGUUCGAGUUUGGGCUGACCUCGAGAGUCUUAUGACAUCAGUUGAAAGGGUAAUGGAAUACACGGAAAUCAAACCUGAGAUAAAGGAGGGCCAAGAAAUCGCAAACUGGCCUAAUAAAGGAGCUGUGACCUAUGAGAACGUGUCGCUGACCUACAACGACAACGAAAUCGUUUUGAAAAAUUUGAAUUUCAAAAUAGAACCCCACGAAAAAAUCGGUAUAGUUGGCAGAACUGGCGCGGGCAAGUCGUCAAUUAUAGCCUCCAUUUUCAGACUGUAUGAGUCUGAAGGAACCAUCCUCAUAGACGAUGUAGAUAUAAAAACUGUGUCUCUGAAACUCCUGAGGAAGAAACUCGCAAUCAUCCCUCAAGACCCUGUUCUGUUCUCUGGUACAAUCCGUACAAAUCUCGAUCCAUUCAGGGAGUUUGAAGAUGAACAUCUGUGGAAAAUCCUAAAGAAAGUCAACUUGCAUGGCGUCGUUCCUAGCUUGUCAUUGGAGGUUAGAGGCAACUCUUCGAAUUUCAGCUCAGGCCAACGACAGCUCAUUUGUUUGGCUAGGGCGAUUUUGCGCGAAAGCAAAAUCAUCAUUCUCGAUGAAGCCACGGCCAACAUGGACCAAGAGACGGAUUCUUUGUUGUACAGUAUUAUAGAGGAGAACUUUUCCGAUUGCACGGUGAUAACUAUCUCGCAUAGGAUCACUACUAUUCUCAAGUGCGAUAGGGUAUUGGUUAUGGACAGGGGUGAGGUAAAGCAGUAUGAUACCCCGUCGAAUCUUUUGGAGAAUGAAGAUGGUAUUUUUUAUGGGCUUGUGAAACAAGCAGGUUCUCUUGACUAUCUUUCAUAAUAAAUUAUUUCUCCAU